AUGGAUGAUAAAUUAAAAAUAGCGUUGUUCAGCUCGAUGGAGAUAGAGCCUACCUCUGGUAAUAGCGUUAGCAGCGACUGCGAUAUGUUUGCUAGUGAACAUAGAGGCCAAAAUAAACGUGGCUCAGGUCAACAAGCCAUCGACCACAACUUGGGUUUUGACUUCAAUAAAUAUAGCCCCGCAGCUGACAAUGAUUCUCGCGCCGGCUUGAAGUCUGGAGAAGCUCUAUUCAGUGGAAUGGAGCUUGGCAACCCAAAUUUUCAGGAGCUACUCACAUGGAACACUGAAGAGGCUCUAUCGAUAACCCCUCCUUUGUCUAAUUCGCCUGAAAUUUCCCAUGAGAACGGCUCAAAUGACGAUUCUACUAAGAUAAACGAAAGUCACGAUCAUACCACACAAGCAGAUCAAGAUGAGCCGAUAUCUGAGAAGGACGUUAUGGCUCGCAAGAAAGCGCAAAAUAGAGCUGCUCAAAAGGCAUUCAGAGAACGCAAAGAGGCCAAACUGAAGGAACUAGAAGCGAAACUUUUAACCAGUGAGCGUGACAAGCAGGCACUUCACAGAGAAAUUGAGGAACUCAAGCAACAAAAUUUGGAAAUAGCCACUGAGAAUCGUCUGCUUUCGCGUAAAAACGACGCACUUCCUUCGCCCGACUUGCUCGCAAAUACAAGAAAGCCUGCUAAGUUCCAUUUCCCAACUCAGAAUGAGUUUAUCGAGUCGGCUGCUGCAGAUCAUUGUGUACCGUUGGAACUCCCACUUCUAAAUACGAGUUAUGAACAUGGCGGCCGCAAAUUGCUCACUUUACCGGCAACUUGGGAGUACUUGAAUGACGUAUCACAGGAUCAAGAUUUUGACGUUUAUUCUGUGAUGCAGAACCUGAAGGGCCUGGAGAUUUGCCACGGCCAUGGACCAGCCUAUCGUCAGGACGUUGUGGACGAUUUGGUGAGACAGUGCCAAUAA